UUGUUGCCUGUAAUGAUGGAGGAUCCGUAUAAAAAGACAAAAAAGCGUUGCUUUUUGUGCAAACACAACAUUGAGUUAGAUUACAAGAAUGUCAGAUUACUUUCACAGUUCGUUUCUCCGUACACGGGAAGAAUUUACGGUCGUCACAUUACAGGUCUUUGUAUUCCAAUGCAGAAGCGUAUCUCAACACUGAUUACUCGAUCGAGGCAGUUCGGUGAGUGCGAUUUUCCUCACUUUAUUCUUAUUCAUUCCCAGGAUUCAUGCCGUUUGAGAACAAGGAAACGGUAUUUGUGA